AUGACGGGACUAUCAACUUCCCCCGUCAUUGACACGAGACCGGCUACUGUCCCCUACUUUAUAUUUAUUGUUGUUUGUGUCGUCUUCCUCUAUGCUGGCUACCGCAGGCUCCUUCCUAAGCCCAUACCAGGUAUUCCAUACAAUGAGUCGGCCACCCGGUCUCUCUUUGGAGAUAUACCUGAGAUGAUGAGCUAUAUGGCCAAAACCGAAGAGGUCUGGCCGUGGGUGGCAGACCAAAUCACGAAGCACCAGUCGCCUGUUGUCCAAGUCUUUGCAAGGCCCUUUGCCCGACCUUGGGUCAUCGUAUCCGACCACCGUGAGAGCUCUGACAUCCUCCUCCGGCGGACAAAGGAAUUCGACCGAUCGAAUUUCACGGCCGAUGUCUUUACAGGGCUGGUGCCAGACAUGCAUAUCAGUAUGAAAUCCACCGAGGAGCAAUUCAAACUCCAUCGGAAUCUUCUGAAAGAUCUCAUGACUCCUGCGUUCCUCCAUGGGGUCGGUGGCCCUCAGAUAUACGCCAAUACCGAAACUUUUAUCAAGCUCUGGGACUUCAAGGCGGAGCUGGCGCAGGGGCAUGCCUUUGAAGCUGGCCAGGACAUUUACAACGUGGCGCUCGAUGUCAUCUUCGCAACAACAUUCGGCCUGCGAAUCAAGGACAGCAACACGUUCGCGCAAUUGCAGCAACUUCUGGCCACCCAAAAGCUGGAUCUGCCACCGGCCCCCAGUGAACCAGUUUCAUUUCCCCAAUUUCAUCGUCCGGCGACUUUCGAGGCCAUUGCAACGCUCACAGAAUCUCUAGAGGUAUCCAUCAAGGCUCCUUUCCCUCGCUUCGCCCACUGGGUCAUACGCCAACUGCCUUACAUGCGGAAAGCGAGAGCCUACAAGGAGAAGCUCUUCUCCGACAUGGUGAACGAGUCACUCAGCAGGCUAUCGUCCGGGAACCAAGUCAAGAGGUCGGCGCUGGAUGACAUCUUACAGCGAGAGACGGCUGCCGCAAAGAAAGAAGAUCGACAACCAGAGUACCAUUCCCGGGCAAUCUAUGAUGAGCUGUUUGGAUUCAUCAUUGGCGGUCACGACACGACGAGUACGACGCUGACAUGGACCGUCAAAUACCUGGCCGCAGCUCAAUCUGCCCAAACCACUCUCCGCACUCGCCUCCGAGCGGCCUACGCAGCAGCGACGGCCGAACAGCGUAACCCGACUAUGGAAGAGAUCAUCAAAAUUCCGAUCCCAUACUUGGACGCCACCAUCGAGGAGAUGUCUCGGACAGCACAACUUUUCAACGGUUCCAUUCGUACAACCACCGUGGACACGACCUUGCUUGGCCACACCAUUCCCAAGGGCACGGACGUAUUCCUGAUGCAGAAUGGGCCCGGCUACCUAUCACCUCCUCUGCCGGUCGACGACUCGAAGCGAAGCGCAUCCAGCUUGGCCGCUAAGAAUCGAGUCGGCCAGUGGACCCCAGACGAAGACGACAUGAAGACCUUCCGCCCCGAGCGCUGGCUGGUUCAAGAUCUGGAAACGGGCAAAGAAGUCUUCGACGCCCAGGCGGGACCACAUCUCGCGUUCGGACUCGGUCCUCGGGCGUGUUUCGGUCGCAGACUGGCGUAUCUCCAGAUGCGGAUCAUCGUGGUCAUGAUGAUCUGGAACUUCGAGCUGAGAGAGACUCCACCCACAGUCAGCAGCUGGGCGGCCACGAACAAAUUGGCUCGUCAUCCUCGGAUGUGCUACGUGAGUCUGGGGAAGGCGAAAUUCUAG